AUGACUAUCUACCUUGCUGUGAUCUUCUUCGGACCUAAACUAAUGGAAAAACGAUCCGCCUUUCAACUGAAGAACGUCAUUCUGAUCUACAACAUCUCCAUCGCCAUCGCCAAUGCUUAUAUUUCGUAUGAGCUUUAUCUGCGAUCAAAUCUCCUCAAUUACACGUUGUUCUGCACUCCCAAGACAACCUCUAACGAUCCCAAUGAAAUACGUCUCGCCACUGCAAUUUGGCUCUACUACCUCACCAAAUUCAUCGAACUGCUCGACUCUGUGUUCUUCGUGCUGCGCAAGAAGCCCAACCAACUCUCGUUCCUGCACGUUUACCAUCACGCGAUGAUGGUGGGAUAUGCCCUGCUAUGCAUCAAGUGGUUCCCGGUCGGAUUAUGUACGUAUUCGCCUUUGCAGAUCAGCGCAUUUGAAGGUGUCCACGUGCUAAUGUACCUCUACUAUGGACUAUCCACUCUUGGACCGACGGUGGCUAAGUAUCUCUGGUGGAAGAAGUACUUGACAAUGAUUCAAAUGAUACAAUUCAUCAUAGGCAUGCUAAUCGCAUUGGUCUCAUACUACACCGGCUGUGGAUUCAUCCCAGAAUGGAUGAUGAUAAUCAAUUUCUUCUUCAUAGGCAUAUUCUUCUUCCUCUUCGGUCAAUUCUACAUUGCGUCGUACAGGAAAUCACCCAAGACAGCUCAAGAAGAUACGAAAUUGAAGGAGAAGUAAAGAAAUUAGCGCUGUAAAUUGAAGAAUGAGGAAAAAAUAUACAAGAACACGUGCAAC